AUGACGACGACGGCAUCGAGGCCCUGCUCCCCGGCGGCGAGCACACCUGCGGAUCCCCUGGCUGCCACCACCGCUCCCCGACACCAUGCGAGCCCAAGGGCGGCCAGAUCACGAGGUCUCACUUUCUCCCAGUACGACAGAUACCUGGCGCAGGUGGAGCCGAGCCUCAACCAGCCAAAGGCCCACAAGCAGCAGUCGGGCUCGCUCUCUUCGGCAGCAGGCAAGGCGCCCAGCAUUUUCAGCGUGGGCAAGAGGAGGAGCGUCAUCAAUAUAACAAACGGGAUCAAGGCCAAAGUGCGCUCGUGUAUCUGCUGUCGAGACGACUUUGCCAAGCAGGACGACCUCCAUAACCUGCCAUGCGGCCAUACGUACUGCGGCAGCUGCCUGCGCAUCUUGACCAGCCAGGCUACGACCGACGAGUCCAAGAUGCCGCCCAGGUGCUGUACGCAGGCGAUCCCAGGCAGCAUCAUCAAGCCCCUACUGAGCCGCGAGGAGCAGCAGUCCUUUCUGAAGGCCGUGCAGCAGUUCAGCACGCCCUGGGAGGCUCGCAUUUUCUGCCCCAACGCCAACUGCAACGUCUUUAUCCCGCCUCGGAGCAGGAUUGACCCGAAACACCCCUUCGACGUCAUCUGUCGCGAUUGUCGGACACGCGUGUGCACCAUGUGCAAGAUGCGCGCCCACCCGCUCGGGCAGGACUGCCCUAGCGACAUGGAGCUGGACCAGGUCCUCCGCAUGGGCGAGAAGUCCGGCUGGAGGAGAUGCUACAGGUGCAGGACCCUCGUCGAGCUGAGCCACGGCUGUACCCACAUGACGUGCAGGUGCAAGGCACAGUUCUGCUACAUUUGUGGCGCCAUCUGGGACCCGUCCAUCGGUUGUCCGAACCUCUGUGACGGGCAGGAGGAGCUCGAGCGGAGGAGGCUGGAGGAGGAGCAGCGCGAGGCCGAGGAAGAAGCCGAGAAGGCCGCCCAGGAGGCUGCGGCUGCGGCUGUGCUCUUGGACCGUCUGGAGGCGGAGAAGCGGACACAGGCGAGUGAAGAGUUCACGAGACUGAAGUGCGAACAGGAGGAGGAGAUGCGAAGGUUCCUGGCGUUUGAGCGCAAGACCAAGUGGAAGAUGUGGACCCGACACCGCGAGCGCAAGGCGGUACUGAACGAGAAGUACUCGGACCAGACCGAGAAGAUGCGCGAGCGCCACGCAAAGACGGAGCAGCACCUCGAGGAGCGACAGAUCGCAGCCGAGAUCGACCUCCGGGCCUCCCUAGAACAGGCCGAGAAGAGCGUGCGGAUCCGAGUUAAGCACAUGGAGGCCUACUGCAAGAAGGCCCUGGGACGAGCACCCCUCGCCGAUGCCGACGCCAACAUGCCACCGCGCGUCGUCACGGAAAAACACCUCCGCGAGCUGGGCCAGCAGCACAACGCCCUCGAGGGCAUGGCCCGGCUGCACCAGGCCCGCAUCAACGUGCUGCGGGACCGCCAGGCCAAGCGCAUGGAGGAGCUGCUGGAGAGGCAGGAGAAGGAGCUGGAGAAGCUCGGCGAGAAGCGCGAGGAAGACAUCGAGGACCUGGCCGCCGAGUUCGCCCACGAGGAGGACGAGCUCACCAGGGUCUUUGACGAGCGGAGGAUGCGGCUCGUGAGGAGAUGGGAGCUUGCCAUCGAGAUUCUGCGGGUCGAAAUGGAAAAGGCAAAGAACACAAAGUACGCCCCUAUCCCGACGCCCAAGUGGCCUGACCCAAAGACGAGAUGCUGCUCGACGCGGUGA